AUGUGCCUCAUUCUCCACCGAACGCUGGCCGUGUUCGUGGCGCUGAUUGCGCUGCUGGCGGUCAUCAUUUCGCCCAUCGUGGUGGGCCUCUACGCCGACGUGCGCAACUGGAACGACUCCGAAGACGGCGAGCUCCGGUGGUGCCACGACGACGCCAAGAUGCGCGACUCGGCCGCCAACCUCGGCCUUGCCGCCGGUUGCGUCUCGUUCGUGGUGGGCCUGGUGCUGAUCCCGUUCAUUCUGGUCACCGUCCUGGGCGCCGUCAUCUCGUGCUGCCGCCCCAACCUCGUCACCAGCUUCCUCCUGCCCAUCCCCGUCUUCCUCCUCUCCCUGGUCCUCUUCGGCCUCUACGCCUCCGUCGUCGCCACCACCUCGCGUCAGUUCGAGGAGAAGAAGGACUGGCUGAGGCCCAACGACUUCAUCGACCCGGAGACCAAGUGCAGCGAGAUCCCGCCCAAGUGGAACGCCGCCCUCGCCUGGGCCGUCAUCGAGGCCGCCCUCUUCGCCUUCAUCAUGCUCUACUCGCUGCUGUGGAUGUUCCUCGGUUGCUUUGAGAAGCGCACGAGCGAGCUGGAGGCGGGCACGCCCAUGCAGAAGAUGCCCAAGGAGAAGAAGCAGAAGCCCGAGAAGCAGCGCAACGCCGAGUCCAGCGACUCGAGCGAUUCGAGCGACGAGUCCGACGACGAGCUGCGCGAGCUGCGUGACGACCUCAAGGACACGCUGCACAUCGAGUACGACCAGGGCGAUCACAACGACGCCGCCGAGCUGGCCGAGGUCGAGAAGGCCCUGAAGAAGGCCAAGGUCUACAAGCGCCGGAAGUUCCUCAAGCAGACCGAGGCCGACCUCAAGAAGGCGGGCCUCUCCGCCGCCGCCACCGGGCGCCUGCUGGCCCUCAUCGCGUCGGAGAAGAACAAGGAGAAGGACCGCAAGAGGCGCCGCGACCGUGGCUACCUGAUGGUGGACCUCGACGACGCGCUGAAGUCGAUCUUCGACGAGAACGACCCGAAGGGCAAGAAGGACCUCGACGACGUGCGGGCCGACUUCCGGCGCCUGCGCAUCACCGACCUCGACUUCUUCCUCAACAUGACCGAGAAGGAGUUCAAGGAGCUCGAGGUCUCGCUCCCCGUCAAGAACAAGCUCAGGCAGAAGAUGCAGGAGCUCAGGGCCCAGGAGGAGGUCUAA